AUGUCUGAAACCAUGACUCCAAACAGUGACAAUGUCGACACCCGGCUUGUCUUGAUAGAUCAACUCAAAGACUUUCUCGUCUCGGCACCUAAUGAACAAUCUGAACCCAUCAAACAACACCACCUGCCAUCUGGCGAGUGCAUUUCCUGCGUGAAAUGGCACGACAAGUUCUACAUCUCGGGCACUGACAUUGUGAGAUGCCUUACAUUUCGAUUCCAAGCCUUUGGAAGACCCGUUGAGAAUCAAAAGAAGUUUGAAGAAGGUGUAUUCAGUGAUUUGCGCAAUUUGAAGCCAGGCACCGAUGCUAUCUUGGAGGAACCCAAAUCUGCGUUUUUGGAUUUAUUGUUUAAAAACAAUUGCAUUCGUACACAAAAGAAGCAAAAAGUCUUUCACUGGUAUUCUGUCCCUCACGACAGGUUAUUUUUAGAUGCCCUGGAAAGAGACCUGAAACGUGAAAAAAUGGGUGUGGAACCUACUUCAAAGGCUGUGGCACACCCCGCUGUUUCCAUUAAUUUGGACACUACGCAAGCGAUGUUUGAUGAAUUUCGCAAAUCAGUAUUGUGCGAGCUCAACCUCGAUACCAUCUACAAGCAAGAACAAAGUACCGAGAGCAGCACCAUCUCGGAUACAGACUCUGCCAUGUCGUCCCUGGCCGUCUCAUCACGUGAAGGUGAUCUCCAAAAGGCUUCCUCUACUAUAUUCGGUCAGUUCUCUUUGUUUGAAGGCUCACCCACAUACAAACAACGUAGACGUCGUGUAACUCAAAAUGAACAAACAGCACUUGAUGAUAACACUACCCGAUCCAGAAGAAGAUCCACCGAAUCAGCCCUAGCAACUCUCUCUGCGCUUCCUUCCACUUCAUCUUGCCGCGUGACAACAACAUCCAGAAAGCAAGUAGCCGUCAAAGAAGAGCAUUAUAACCACAAUCAGCACCAUCAUCAUUCGGCAGUGCGUCAUUUUGAAUGUCCCUUGCCUUCCUGUGGUAAAAUUUUUAAGCGUUUGGAGCACAUGAAGCGUCAUUUGAGAACACAUACUCUGGAGCGUCCUUUCCUUUGUGAUUUGUGCGGCAAGCGAUUCUCCAGAUCAGACAACUUGGCUCAGCACAAGAAGACACAUAAGCGCAACAAGCCAUCCCAAAGCCAACUACAACAACAGCAUGAAGAGGGAAAGUACCAUCCUGAUGAGGACAUGGAAGAUGAGGAAGCUCAAGGCGAAGAGAAUGAUGAUGACAGCACAGGGGAUGAUGACGAUGAUGAUGAUUACGUUGACAAGCGAGUUCGUAUCAAGUCUGGAUAUGGUGCUAUCGGUGGUGGCCGACUCAAUGGUCAAGCAAGACGUCGCAUUAAUUAUGCAAAGAGUGAUACAAAACCUUAUUCUGCCGCUGUCGCUGUCAAUCCACCAGUCUCAAGAGCAGCAUCAGCCAGUAGGGGUCGUGUAACAGCUCGCACUCGCAACGGUCGUCAUGGCAACAGCAGCAGAACAAGAUCAGCACGUCGCCAAGCACCUUACAGACACCGCUCUGCAUUGGAUACUCAAGUCCUGUAUGAUACUGAAGACUGGUCAGCUAAAUUUGAAGAUGUAGAGUGUGUGAAAUCUAUCUUGUCGCCCACACUAUGUCAACAACAAACACAGCAGCAGCAACAACAACAACAAACACAGCAGCUUGUGAUUCAACCUACCUUAUCUAAUUCAACCUCUUCAGCCAACUCGUCUUGCCAUUCCUCACCCACUAUAUUUGAAAACAGCAUGUGUCCGCCCAUCAUCAAGCUGGAAGAUGUGGAUUUGUUCUAUGACUUGUCCUAUCAGCAAAGAUCGCUGCAACAGCAACAGCAAGAGCAAUUAGCAUUGGUAGAAGAAGAGUUCCUGCCUUCCAUCAUGACAACAGACCGCAAAGACAUCAUGGAAGAUGAGCAGUAUCCUCAAGAAUGGCAACAACGCAUUGAUUGGCAGCAGUACUCUUUGCCCACCUCGCCUACCAUAUAUAACUACACAACAGAGGACUUGAUCUAUGAUCAAGCGCAAGCCCACAGCGACAUGUAUCUGCUCCCUGCCUCUCACACACAUCAUCCAUCAGCGUAUCCCAAUGCUUCAUCCAAUGCUUCAUCGUGUCUCGCUUCACCUAUGCCAGCAUUUCUCAUGACGCCCAACACACACAGUGCUGCUACCACUGUUGCCAACAGCCCCAUCAUCGAGGAAGACUACUAUCACCCGUAUUACUCUGAUGAGAGCCCUACCAUGACGCCCAUAGACUGCUUGCUCCAAUACUGA